CAGCCCCUCCUACCCAAUGGUCAAUGGAUAAUUCCAUUUUUGGGUUUCCAUCUGAUGAUAAAAGUUUGUCUCGAUUCUCUAUCCGUCCAAAGAAGCGCUGCAAACUGAAUAACUUCUUCGGUGUUUUAAUUAACAUUGGAGGUUUGGAACCAUUCCAACAUUUUCAGUCAUUACUGCUUUGAAUUGCAUAUUCAUGGAAAUCGAAAGCUCAUUAAAAUUGAUGCUUUGUACUGAAAGACACAAGUCUACACCACUAGCUUUGAGAUGAAACCGAAAUGAGAGCAUGGACACUUUGGCAAUUCAUGUUAAAAUCAGCAUCAAGUCGUUUCCUUGUUCACAUAACAAGAUUGAGAUUACAGAAUCUAGCCUUGCUUCCCCCAACGAGACUUCCAUCGCCCCAUCCUUUUUCUCUCCAGAACAGCUAUAAUGGAGACUUUGAGAUCGUUCGAAAACAUAUGGUUCCUAUUCCACCAUGUGCUCUUCCCGCCUUGUUAUUUACACGUCAUUUCUUUCACACUGCCAUUCAACCGUUUGAUGAAAUGCCACAACGGGUACUAAAUGAUCUUAUCAACUCGUCCAGCAAAAAGCCCAAGCUUGUGACGGUUUCUGCUGCUCAUUGUAUAGCCUUAAAGACGGGUACUCUAGCUCACCUGCCCACUGUGACAUCUCUACUAACUAUUUAUUGUAAGGCUGGAGAUUUCAGCUCUUCAAGAGUUCUGUUUGAUGAAAUUCACGACAGAGAUGUAAUUGCUUGGAAUUCUAUUAUUGCCGCAUCGGUUAAAAACAAACUCUACAAGACAGCAAUGGAUUUUUUCGGAAACAUGAUUAAAGAGCAAUGUGGGUUUGAUUGCACCACUUUGUUGCUUCUGGUAUCUACUUCGUCAUACAUGAAUAACCUUGAGCAAGGGCGGGCAAUUCACUGUUUGAGUGUAAAAACUGGGAUGCUUGUGGAUAUAAGUUUAAGUAAUGCUCUAACUAAUAUGUACGCAAAAUGUGGCGUUUUAAAAUCCUCUGAGUGUCUUUUUUCAGAAAUAAAAUAUAAAGAUGUAGUUUCUUGGAAUUCAAUGAUUAAAGGAAGUCUUCAUAAUGGUGAGCCAAAGAAAUCACUGUAUUAUUUCAAGGAUAUGGUUUUGUCCGGAGAAGAAGCAGACAGCGUCAGUCUGUCUUGUGCUAUAUCGGCGUCUACUGCUUUGGGAGAGCUGGAUUUUGGUCAGUCAAUUCACGAGCUGGGAAUGAAGCUAGGUUACCUGGAUAGCCAGCAUGUUUCGGUCCCCAAUUCUCUCAUUUCAUUAUAUAUACAAUGCGGAGAUAUUGAAGCGGCUGAAACUGUAUUCAGAGAAAUGGAGUGCAAAGAUAUUGUUUCAUGGAAUGCAAUGAUGGAAGGAUAUGCCUCAAAUAGAAGUGUUAAUGAAGUGUUUGACCUUCUGCUUGAAAUGCAGACUUAUGAAUCAUUUCAACCUGAUACAGUGACAUUGACUAACAUUCUAAAAGUUUGUGCAGUGGUGAUGCUCUCCAGAGAAGGAAGAACUGUCCAUGGAUUUGCAAUACGAAGACAGAUGUUAUCUGACCUUACUCUACUAAACAGCUUGAUAGACAUGUAUUCAAAGUGCAAACUUGUAGAGAAAACCGAGCUCCUGUUCAAUUCUGCCCACGAGAGAGACUUGGUAUCCUGGAAUGCAAUGAUAUAUGGAUAUUCCAUUAAUGGGUAUUCCCAAGAAGCCCAAAGUUUGUUCAGGGAGCUUCUCCAUUUCUUCCCCAAUGGCAGUUCAUCGACUGUUUUGGCUGUUCUUUCGUCCUGCAGUUCCACAUAUAGUUUAUCCUUUGGAAAAUCUGUUCACUGCUGGCAGUUAAAAUUAGGAUUUCUAAACCAUAUUCCUUCAGUUAAUUCCCUCAUACACAUGUACAUCAAUUGUGGGGACCUGACAGCCGCUUUCUUAAUUUUCCAAGAGAAUUCAGCUUUGGCAGUUACAGCUUCGUGGAACACUCUGAUUGUGGGAUGUGUAAAAGGCAACCACUAUCAAGAGGCCCUAGAAACUUUUAGUUCAAUGAGACGAAAAGCCUCUGUCAACUAUGAUUCUAUAACCCUUGUAAAUGUCUUGUCAGCAUGUGCAAAUCUUGAGCUGCUCAAUAAAGGAAGGUGUCUCCACGGCCUUGUCCUUACAUCUCCCUUGGGAUCAGAUAUCCGGGUUCAAAAUUCAUUAAUUACCAUGUAUGGAAGGUGCAGGGACAUCAAAAGCGCCAGAUCAGUGUUUGAAUUUUGUUUUGUUCUCAACCUAUGUUCAUGGAAUUGCAUGAUCUCAGCCCUAUCACAUAACAAGGAGAGUCGGGAUGCGUUGGAACUGUUUCUUCAUCUUCCGUUUAAGCCCAGUGAGAUAACUGUUGUUAGUGUUCUCACAGCUUGUACUCAAAUGGGAGUAUUAAGGCAUAGCAAACAAGUUCAUGCCCACAUAUUCAGGUCUGGUUUCCAGGAUAAUGCUUUUAUAUCUGCAGCUCUUGUGGACAUGUACAGCAAUGGUGGACGAUUGGACCUUGCUCUUCAGGUAUUUACACAUGCAAAGGAGAAGUCUGAAGCAGCUUGGAAUUCAAUGAUUUCUGCAUAUGGAUAUCAUGGAAAUGGCGAGAGAGCAAUCAACCUGUUUCAUGAAAUGCGUGGGUCCGGAAUAAGAGCGACUAAAAGUACUUUUGUCAGCCUUUUAUCAGCUUGCAGCCAUUCAAGACUCGUGAACGAAGGUCUUGGAUACUACAACUGUAUGUUGGAGAAAUAUGGAGUACAGCCUGAGACUGAGCAUCAAGUUUAUGUAGUUGAUAUGCUAGGUAGAUCUGGUAGGCUUGAUGAGGCUUAUGAGUUCAUUAAGAAGUUGCCCUCCAAUUCAAGCCCCGGUUUGUGGGGAGCCCUCUUGAGUGCUUGCAACUAUCAUGGAGAACUCAAACUGGGGAGAAAAGUUUCUGAAAUUCUGUUUGAAAUGGAUCCCCAAAAUGUUGGAUAUUACAUUUCAUUGGCGAAUAUGUAUGUUGCUGCAGGAAGCUGGAAGGAUGCUACAGAGUUGAGGCAAACUAUCCAAGACCAAGGAUUAAGAAAGACCGUGGCUUAUAGUCUUAUUGAUGUUGGUUUGGUAUAAUCAAUUGACAAUAUUGAUGACUGCUAGUUAUUGCAAGGUGGAUGUCCGUUAUUCCUCAGAAACCAUUUUGUGUCGUACCGGCCCCUCUGCGACAGGCAGGGAGCAACAUAAACGUAUUAUAUGAGACCUUGAUUAGGCAAUCUUAUUGGUUAUGUGAAGGUAAAAUCGCACACAUUAUUUGCCCCAUUCAACUUUACACAUUAAGAAGUUUUAGAGUAUCCAAAUAUUGAUUCGGUUGCAAAAUCACGAGGAUGUUCUUUUUGCUGCUGAAACUGUUUCAGCCCUGUACAAUACCAGGAACAAGUACGCUCGUACGAAUCCAUCUCAUUGAAACAGUAAUGCCUCUUUCAAAGGUACUCGAAGGAUUCUGGUUUCAUCACUUAUUAAUGUCUGUUUAAAUUAACGUGUCAUUGGCUUUAAUUUGUUUAGCUCAAUGUGGAAUCGCACUAUAAAUAAUGUAACUUGUUAUCUAUA